CAAAAUGUCGGGAGGAUCGGAAAGGUUAAAAAUGAGAAGGAAUUUAUCUCCAGGAAGCUCAAACAUGGCACACCAGUUUUGUUGUCUCUGUCCAGAUAUUUAAGAAGUGGGGUAAGGGAUUCAAUCGACCAUCCUUCCUGCUCAGACUGUGGGGAGGGAUUCACUCGAUCAUCCUUCCUGCUCAGACUGUGGGGAGGGAUUCACUCCGUCAUCUGACCAACUGGCACGCCCGUCAUUUUACACAGGAGAGAGGCCGUUCACCUGCUCAGACAGUGGGAAUGUAUUCACUCGGUCAUCACAAUUGAAGGUACAUCAGCACAUUCACACUGGGCAAGGCCAUUCACCUGUACUGUGUGUGAGAAAGGAUUCAGUCAGUCUUCCCACCUGUGGACACACCAGUCAGAUCACUCUGGGCAAAGGCUGGUGAUCUGCUGAAUAUCUGGGAAAGGAUUCACUCAGUCAUCUGACCUAAUGGCACACCAGCGUGUUCACACUGGGCUGAGGCCGUUCACCUGCUCACAAUGUGGGAAGGGAUUCACUCAGUCAUCCCACCUGCACAGUCACAAACGAGUUCACACUGGGGAGAAGCCAUUCACCUGCUCAGUCUGUGGGAAGGGAUUCACUCAGUCAUCCACACUACAGAGUCAUCAGCGAGUUCACACUGGAGAGAGGCCAUUCAGCUGCUCAGUCUGUGGAAAGAGAUUCAUUCAGUCAUCUUACCUGCAGAGUCAUCAGCGAGUUCACACAGGGGAGAAGCCGUUCAGCUGCUCAGUGUGUGGGAAGAGAUUCACUCAGUCAUCCCACCUACAGAGUCACCAGCGAGUUCACACCGGGGAGAGGCCGUUCACCUGCUCAGACUGUGGUAAGAGAUUCACUCAGUCUUCCACCCUACAGAGUCAUCAACGAGUUCACACUGGGGAGAGGCCGUUCACUUGCUCAGAAUGUGGGAAGAGAGUCACUGAUUCAUCUGCCCUACAGAAGCAUCAGCGAGUUCAUACUGGGGAGAAGCCGUUCACCUGCUCAGAAUGUGGGAAGAGAUUCACUGAUUCAUCCACCCUACAGAAGCAUCAGCGAGUUCAUACUGGGGAGAAGCCGUUCACCUGCUCAGAAUGUGGGAAGAGAUUCACUCAAUUAUCCAAUCUACAGAGACAUCAUCGAGUUCACACUGGGGAGAAGCCGUUCACCUGCUCAGUCUGUGGGAAGAGAUUCACUGAUCCAUCCACACUACUGAGUCAUCAGCGAGUUCACACUGGGGAGAAGCCAUUCACCUGCUCAGAAUGUGGGAAGGGAUUCACUCGGUCAUCCUACCUACAGAGUCAUCAACAAGUUCACACUGGAGAGAAGCCGUUCACCUGCACAGAAUGUGGGAAGAAAUUCACUUGGUCAUCCACACUACAGAGUCACCAGCGAUUUCACACCGGGGAGAAGUCGUUCAUCUGCUCAGACUGUGGGAAGGGAUUCACUGACUCUUCCACCCUACAGAGACAUCAGCGAGUUCACACUGGGGAGAAGCCAUUCACCUGCUCAGAAUGUGGGAAGGGAUUCACUCAGUCAUCCCACCUACUGGAACACAAGUUAGUUCACACUGGGGAGAAGCCGUUCACCUGCGCAGAAUGUGGGAAGAGAUUCGCUCACUCAUCCAACCUACAUAGUCAUCAGCGAGUUCACACUGGGGAGAAGCCGUUCACCUGCUCAGAAUGUGGGAAGAGAUUCACACACUCUUCCACCCUUCAGAGACAUCAGCGAGUUCACACUGGGGAGAAGCCGUUCACUUGCUCAGAAUGUGGGAAGGCAUUCACUCAGUCAUCCCACCUACUGGCGCACCAGUCAGUUCACACUGGGGAGAGGCUGUUCACCUGCUCAGACUGUGGGAAGGGAUUCACUCAGUCAUCCAACCUACAGAGACAUCAGCAAGUUCACACUGGGGAGAAGCCGUUCACCUGCUCAGUCUGUGGGAAGAGAUUCACUCAGUUAUCCCAACUACUGGAACACAAGUCAGUUCAUAGUGGGGAGUGGCCAUUCUCCUUCCUGGAAUCCAAUGGUAUCCAUUGGAAAGAGCGGAAAAAUGCUUGCAUUUGUGUACAGUGUGGGGAAGGAUUCACUCAGUCAUCUGGCCUAAUGGCUCACCAGGGAGUUCACACCGGGCAGCGGCUGUUCGCCUGCUCAGACUGUGGGAAGGGAUUCACUUGCUCAUCUAAACUGAAGGUACAUCAGCGUGUUCACACUGGUGAGAGGCCGUUCACCUGCUCAGACUGUGGGAAGGGAUUCACUUGCUCAUCCACACUAAAGGCACACCAGCGAGUACACACAGGGGUGUGGCCAUUCACCUGCUCUGAAUGUGGGAAGGGAUUCAGUCAGUCAUCUGAUCUACAAAAACACCAGCGAGUUCACACUGGGGAGAGGCCGUUCAUCUGCUCGGACUGUGGGAAGGGAUUCAGUCAUUCAUCCACCCUACACAGUCACCAACGAUUUCACACUGGGGAGAGGCCAUUCACCUGCUCAGAAUGUGGGAAAGGAUUCAAUCAUUCAUCCACCUUACAGAGACACCAGCGAGUUCACACUGGGGAGAAGCCAUUCACCUGCUCAGAAUGUGGGAGGGGAUUCACUCAGUCAUCUGAUCUACAAAACCACAAGCGAGUUCACACUGGGGAGCGGCCAUUCACCUGCUCAGUCUGUGGGAAGGGAUUCACACAGUCGUCCAAACUAUUGGCACACCAGUCAGUUCACACUGGGGAGCGGCCGUUCACCUGCUCAGACUGUGGGAAAGGAUUCACGCUGUCAUCUAAUCUACUGAGGCACCAGCGAGUUCACACUGGGUAGAGGCCGAUCACCUGCUCAGUCUUUGGCAAGAGAUUCCCUCGGCCAUCUCCACCAAAUGUGCAUGAUUGUCAAGUCAAACUUGAGUUUCAGGAAGGUAUCAAGGAAGAGCAAGAAUUCACUCGCAGAGAGGACGGAACCUUCUGCCUGAGGGCGGUUUCUGCCCAGAACAUUUGGGCGGACCCCGCAGCGUCACAGUGGCAGUCCGAGAGCAGCGUCACAACCCGCGGUAAGAUGCCGAACUUUAAAUAAUUGUUGAGACUAUUUCAGGGAAAGGAGCACUGCUGUCACUUCGUUUGGGUGAACUCCGCCAUCGGGAUCAUCGCACACAGGCACUUCCUGAAAACGGCGCAAGGCUUAAGAAGAGCUCGCGGACCUUCAAGAGGGUUCACCCAGUUUGGAAUCAUAACGAUCCAGUAGAGAAACGGAGGUGCCGGUCCGAAAUCGUCUCCGAAGUUCGACAGGCAGCCAGUUUUUCACCUGAUCCUAAUGCUAAUGCUACUGCCACUGCCUUAUGACUUAUGACUAUCCUUGACUAGACUAAUGACUGACUUACCGCUGGUUAUUUAUGACUACUGACUAAUAAUUAUUAACUGCCAC